AUGCACGCGCGAACACGCAGCAUCGAUGACGGGGACGAGGACGGGAAGGCCAAGGCGCUGGGCCUUCCCGGAGUGGCGUUGGCUGUGGCACACAAGAUCCUGACCGCCGUCAAGGGACUCUGGAUCCGGUCCUCACCCUGGCUCAUGCUGGUUGACAUCCGUAAGCUGAGCUGCCCCGAGUCCGUCGGCGACGCCCUGCACCGCUUCAGGCGCAACACCAACGACUUCGGAUACAACUACACCCUCGUCCUGCUCUUCGUCGCAGUCGCGUGCGUGGUCACGAAGCCCUUCUCCCUGAUGGUCAUCGCCGCGCUGGCCAUGCUGUGGGUCUGGGUCUUCUACGUGCGCGCCUCGGAGUUCCACUACAACGGCCAGACGUACUCGCUCAGGGCGCAGGCCGUUGCCAUGGUGAUGUUCUCCGCUUUCGUGCUCAUGAUCGCCACGAACGUGUCGCAGGUCCUCAUGGGAGGACUCACCGGCGGCUUCCUGCUCUGCGUGGGGCACUCGGUGGUGAGGGCGCCGGAGCCGCCGCCGGAGGGCGACGCCGAGGCGCAGGGCAUCGUCGGAGGGUUCACCGAGGCCGUGAGCGGCGCGGCGAAGAGUGGGUACUCGCAACUGAGCGGCGCGCUGGGCCAGAUGGGGGACAUGGUGCCCAACUCAGUUCGCCAGCAGUUCGACAAGGUCGGCAUCAACUUCUGA